AUGACUGCUAUACUUCAUCAACCUAAUCUUACUGAAGGUCUUACUUUACUCGGAUGGAGAUUAAAACGAGAUGCUGAAAUUCGAGAACGUAAAGACGAAUCAAAUUUUGAAUGUGAAGUUGAACCAACAUCAACAUCAUAUGCUGCAUUUGAAUAUAUGUCAACAACAGAAGAUGGUUAUGAUCCAUAUGCUGGUCUUAAUAUUGAUCUUUGUCUUGAAGUUGAUGCUAUUGAUUUAAAUAAUACAAAUCAACAAGUCAAUGAUGAUUAUGAUCCUUAUGAAGUAUUUAUGAGAAUGAACACACGUCGAACGGUAACCGGACGUGAACGUGCUCCACUUGCAUUAUUACCAUCACAUACGACAACAACGACUUCGCCUCUAGUCAAUAAUUAUCGUCAUUAUAAUUUUGCUGAUGAUGAUACACCUGUUAAAUAUCCAUUAGCUAUUGGACAUAUUGAUCGACGUUUAAAACAACAAAAUAUACGUGGUGGUUAUACACCUCGUUCAUCAUUUGAUGAUGAUCGUCGAUCUCGUGGUGGAAUAUCAAAUCGACCAGUUAUACCAUCAUCAUCAUCGUCAUCAUUAUCAUCUUAUCGUCAACCAACAACAAUAAUUCCUCGUCGUGGUGGUCUAUCGACUUAUAGUAGUACACGUGGUAAUAAUCCUCAAAUGCGUCGUAAUAUUCCUCCACCACCACGUCUUUAUCCUCGUUCAGAAUAUCCUCCAAGUGCAUCAUCUAAACGUGUUACAUUUCGUCAUUCAAAUGAUUUUAAUUCAGGAGAUGAUUUUGAUGAAGAUGAAGAAGAUGAUGAUAGUUUAGAAGGUGAUCUUCAUCAACCAACUAUGCGUCGUAAUAAACCACCAAAACGUACAGCUGCUCGAAUAGCUGUACAACGUUUUCGAUCAAAUAAUCUUCGUUCAUCUAUUGUUGAUGAUGAACUUGAUGAUGAUAUUGCACCAACAGUUACUGAAAUGGAUAUGUUAGAAGAUCAAGAACUUGAUGAAAAUGAUACAAAUAUUCAAACAACAAUUACUAAAACAAUGUCAUCACCAGUUAAAUUACCACCACCACCACCACCGCCUAGUAAACCAACUGGUGGAACAAUUAAAUCAUCUUAUAUUGGUAAUAUGUUACCAAGUUUUUAUGAACAAUUACCCGAAUCGAAAAAAAUGCUUUUACAAGAUGCUACUAUUGAUUCAUCAUCAAAUAGUCCAACAACUCAAACAACAACAGAUGCAUUAUCAAAAAGUCAAAUUGAAGUUACAUCACCUGGAAAAAAACAAGUUGGUUUAACAACUGAACAUAUUGAAGGUCCUGGUGGAGAAGAAAUAAUUGAUGAAGAAAAUCGUUUACAAUUUCGUAAUACAACCAUAACUCAACCAUAUAAACGGUCAAGUGGUUAUCAAAAUACAAAACGAUAUUAUGAAAAUGAAGAUGAUGACGAUCAACAAAUGAGAAAACGUAUUCGUAAUGAUGAUGACUAUAUGUCAGCUGGCAUGAAUCGUCAUUUACAAUAUGGAAAACAACAUCGUUAUAGAAAAUAUGAAGAAGAUGAAGAAUAUGAUAUUAGUCAAGAUACACAACAACAAGAAGAAGAAUUUCAACAAACAAUACGAGUACCGGCAAGGCGAGGUCGUCCACCAUCACAACAUCAUCAACAACAACAACAACAACAACAACAACAGCAGCAGCAACAACAACAACAACAUCAACAAGAAGAUCCAUCAAAAAAAUAUGCUCGUAUUAUAGCACAAUUUGAAGAACAACAUGGUUUAAAAUUAGGUGAUAUGCGUGUAUUUGCUCCUAAACUUCGUUUACGUAUAUCAAGUGUUAAUGUUAAUUGGAUUAAUUUACCACCGAUACCAAAAUUACCAAAUAAAGUUCAUCAAUCUUAA